AUGCAUCUAGAGGUUCGGCGAUGUACCGAGACCGACAUCCCCCGCGUCUUCGAGAUAGUUUCCUUGGCCUUUGCCAACGACCACGAAUUUGUCGAUGCAGUCUUCCCUGAGCACAGCGCGUCCGAAGGCCGCAAAUUGGGUAGCGAGCGUAUGCUCGCUAUGUUUCAUCGAGAUCCUUAUAGCAACUUCCUGAAGUGCAUCGACACGACCACUGGCCAGAUUGUGGCGGCUGCAAAGUGGAACGUCUAUAAGGGCGGCCCUGUCCCGCCGCUGUCUGAGCUUGUUGGUGACUACUGGAAGAACGAUGAGGAGAAGAGAUUUGCACAAGCUAUCUCUCGUGGCUUUCUUGCGCCGAGACAACGAGCUAUCGAGGAGAGCGGCGCAAGAUUAGUUGCACUCGAUAUGUUGAUGUGUGAUCCUCAGUUCCAGGGCCAGGGAGCGGGGAGACUACUAGUAAGAGCCGGCCUUGCUAUUGCUGAUGAGAUGGGUGUCGACGCGGUUGUAGAGGGUUCGGAUCGAGGAAGAAGACGGAGAAGACUUUACGCAUCGGAGGGCUUUGAUGGCCCCCAUUAUAUGAGGCGACCCAAGACCAGGAUCUAA